AAGCAAGGAGCGGAGCGCUGCGUGUGCGGCCCGGGGUGAGCGGCAGGCGCCUGCCGGUCGGAGACAGACGCCGCAGAGGCACAGCGCGGUGGUGAUGCCCUAUCGGAGCACGCUGCUGCACCUGCUCGCAGGAGGAUGUGGCGGUACAGCUGGAGCCAUCCUGACCUGCCCCCUGGAAGUGGUGAAGACACGUCUACAGUCAUCCUCGUUGACCCUGCGCCCUCUUUGCCUCCCUGAGGUGCAGCUGCAGGGGCUGAAUGGAGGGUUUGUGCGUCCAGCCUUACCCUCCCCUGGCGUGCUCCAGCUAAUGAGGGCCAUCCUGGAGAAGGAAGGAAUCCGCUCCCUCUUCCGAGGCCUGGGUCCCAACCUUGUUGGAGUCGCCCCCUCCAGGGCCAUCUAUUUUGCUGCCUAUGCUGGGGCUAAGGAGAAGCUCAAUAUUGUCUUCGUACCCGAGUCCAAGAAAGUUCAUGUGCUCUCGGCAGUCUGUGCAGGGGUCACCUCUGCCACACUUACCAAUCCCAUCUGGCUGGUGAAAACCAGGAUGCAGCUGGAAGCCAGGGCAAGUGGGGAGAAGCACAGUAACGCUCUCCAGUGUGCCAUACGAGUGUACCGCACUGAGGGCCUGCGGGGAUUUUACCGUGGAAUCAGUGCCUCCUAUGCUGGAGUCUCCGAGACCGUCAUCCAUUUUGUCAUCUAUGAGGCGCUGAAACAACAGCUGAGGGAGCAGCAGCCAUUCCUCCCAACAGCCUUUGCCCUUGCACCGAACAGCCGUGAUUUCUUUGGACUCAUGGCAGCUGCUGCCAUCUCCAAGACAUGUGCCUCAUGUAUUGCGUACCCACACGGUGAGCAGCUCCAUCCUCCCCUCCACCACCCUCCUGCUGGGAGAGGCCUGGCUUGGAGGGUGACUCUGCUAACAUCCCAUCCCUUUGUUUUCCCAGAGGUUGUCCGGACACGGCUGCGGGAAGAAGGGUCCCGCUAUCGCUCCUUUGUGCAGACCCUGCGGCUGGUGGUCCAAGAAGAGGGACCCCUGGCUCUGUACCGAGGACUCCUGGCCCAGAUGAUGCGCCAGAUCCCCAACACAGCUAUCAUGAUGGCUACCUAUGAACUGAUCAUCCACUUAGCCACCAAAGUGUGACCCUGCACAAAUGCACCAGCCCCUUGUUGAGGCUGCUGGCUGUGCAUGGGAGAGCUAAAGUCUUGUGACUUGACAUGUUUUUCCUGUUCCACAAGGUAGUGCUGUUCACUCUGUAGCAGGAGGCCUGUGUGGUGAAGACCUUGUGUGUGGCAGUCUACCGUCUGCUGACAGGAUGCAGUGCUCUCAGGCCCGGGCAGUGGUUCUGGAUGGUGCGUGACCUCUAGCAUCAACCUCCAGAAAGUGGUCUGAUGCUCUGAGGUGGCAGUAAACCAGCUAGAAUAGGUGCAAUGGGGGCUCCUACUGCAAAGCACAAGGGCAUGGAGUUCAGUGGGGAAAGAGAUAAAGGAGGAUAAAUAAAUUAUAAUUCUAUAAAACAAAAUAAAGGGAGGCAGGAUGCCAAUUAAGCAAGUGCAUAUUUUAGCCCUUCCAGUGUCCCCAGCUAGCCAUCCCCAUCACUAGAAAGUACAUGUAUAGUUAACAGCCCCAGGAGUUCCACUCUUCUUGGGCCUGGCCUAUGGACAUAGCUGGACAUGUAGUCAGUGGACAGGGAGAGUAAACAAAUCUGCAGAAAUCAUGCAGCAAACGGAGAUCUUGCGAUAAGGCCUUCAGCUACUCUCUGGGAUUCUGCACAUAGUCAGGGUGUCUACAUAGAGUCCUACCCCCUACACUGUCUUCUUUCAAAGGAUUCUCCAAACCUGACUGAUAGACAUCCUAGUGCAUGGUACUUAGCAGGCAUCUUACAUCAUCUCCUUAGGGGAGCAAUCACCUGUGGAAAGACUCAUACAGCUGAGCAAUUAACUCUGCCUUUCUCUCCUCCUUAGAAGAGAGGCCAGGGCAGGGUGUUAGAACUCAGCCCUAUGUAUCGAGAGAAGCAGGAUGCAUCCUGGCAGGGGGAGCUCUGGCCUGGGCAGCUUGUGUUACUAUAGGCCCCAUCUAUCCCUCUCUCAGGUCUGUUCUCUGCAGGGGCAGGGAAGGAGCCUGCAAGGGCCCAGCUCUGCCUUCCUCUGCUGGAGGUACUGUGACAUGAGGAACAGUAGAUAUAAAAACCAAGCUGGAUGCCUGGUGUGUGAAACAUACUGUUUUGUGCCUGUGAAUGUCAUUUAGAGGGUGGAUGCAGGUGUUGAAGUUGAGGGAUUUGUUAAUACACUCAGUGUAUGAAAAAAAUAAGACUAUAAAUUGAAAACAUCAGAUCUGUCUGUAUCUGAGGGACUAAUCCCACAACCUCCUUGAACCCACUGCAGGGGGACCAGACUGCCUAAAACUAAGGCCCUGCCUUGGACAAAAUGCCUGUGGUUUUCAGCUACCUCAAUGGAGGUUUGGAAAAUCAUGUCAUUUUGCCAGUCAAGAGGGCUUAUAGGGCUAACUGCUGCCCUUCAAGCACCCACUCUAGCCCCUGCCUCUCAGAAUGAAGAAUCCCAGAGGCCUUGAGUCUGUUUCUUUUAAAUCCUUUUAUUUUAAAAUCCACCUCAUUCCCUCCUUCCUUCACUCAUUUAGGGUUAUUGACAAUUUUACAAAGCGACACAAGCUGCAGGGUUUUUUUGUUUUUUUUUUGCAUCAGACAAGAAUAAACCUCAAAUGACAACA